AAUGUCAGGCGGUGGCACUCAAGGACCUAAUGAGCCACGUUUUCAUGUGCUUGCUCAAUUGGAGCAUUUGCAAUCAAAAUAUACUGGUACUGGGCAUGCGGAUAUGACAAGAUGGGAAUGGGUCACGAAUAUGCAUAGAGACACAAAUGCUUCCAUUGUUGGUCAUCAUGACCACACCUCAUUUGUGGCAAUUUGUGAAAAUGAAACGCGUGCACGCUGUAGAUAUAAUUUGCUUUGUCGAAUGGUACAACCAUGUGGACCUCCUACUGAAAAAUCGCCUCUUGAUGAUCUUUAA